GCAACUUGCGACUGUGACUAUACAGCAACAUCUUCUUCAGCGUCCUCCCUCCAUUCGUAGACUCACGGACACCCGAUCCCACUCGGACCAAAAUUCUAUCCACGCCAUGAGACGCUCUCGUAACGGGCAAUCACCACCAGUCGUCGUUUCCCUCUAGCCGGCUUCCAGAAUAUCCUACCCUUUCACGCAGAGCGCACCUGCAAAUCGUAAUUCACAUAACAUCACACCCAUCCUGUGGCCAGCGCAAUGGAGGCAAAACAGCAGGUCGUGGACAAGGUGCCAGCGCGCAUCCGCCAGAUUCAGUUCGGCAUCUUCUCCAACCAAGACAUAGUCAACCAGGCUGUUCUCGAGGUUUCUGACCGUAACGUAUACGACCUCACCAAUGCCAACGAAGCUGUCCGCACCCACACCGCCCACGGGCCCAUGGAUGCCCAUAUGGGCAUAUCGAGUAAAACUGGCCGUUGCGAGACCUGCGGCGAAGGCCUAGAUACCUGCAAUGGCCAUUUUGGUCACAUCAAGCUGGCUCUGCCCGCAUUUCAUGUUGGAUACCUUAAGCAAAUCAUCGAAGUAUUACACUGCAUCUGCAAGGAAUGUUCGCGUGUCCUGUUGGAUCACGACGAGAGGAGGCGAUCUCUGCGCACCAUGCGCCGCGCUGGCAAGGACAACUUGCUCAGGGUCGGCAUCGCUAGGAAGAUCAUGGAGGAGUGCAGGAAGAAGAAGCGCUGUCCCCACUGCGACGCUGUCAAUGGUACUAUCCGCAAGGUCGCUGGCCAUCCGCUGAAGAUCAUCCACAACAAGUACGAUGCCUUCAACCGCUCCACCGCAAAAACAAAGAAACCGCCGCCCGGUAAAGUAGAGUUCGACCAGUCAUUCGCAGCCACCAAAGCAACCAACCCCGAGGUCGAUAAGCACAUGAAGAAAGCCGUCGACGAUAUGCACCCCCUGCGAGUCCUUUACCUCUUCAAGAAGAUCGCCCCCGAGGACUGCGAGCUCCUUUGUAUGAUUCCAGACGAUGCUCGACCAGAAAUGUUGAUCUGGGAAUACGUUCCAGUGCCUCCGGUCGCAAUUCGUCCUUCAGUCAUGCAGGAGGCAGGCGCGACCGAGGAUGACAUCACAAACAAAAUCGGUGACAUCGUCCAUGUAAGCGGCAUCAUCCGAGCUGGCCUCCAGCGUGGAUUUCCCUUGCAGGUACUCAUGGAGCAAUGGGAUUUCCUACAACUACAGAUCGCCAUGUAUAUCAACAGCGAAGUUCCGGGUCUCAAACAACAGGGUCUUAACACCAAAACGAUGCGCGGAUUUUGUCAAAGGUUGAAAGGAAAGGGCGGUCGAUUCCGACAGAACCUCUCAGGAAAGCGUGUGGAUUUCUCUGGGCGUACAGUCAUUGGUCCCGAUCCCAACCUAAGUAUCGAAGAGGUCGCAGUCCCAGAACGUGUCGCGAAGAACUUGACAUACCCAGAGAAGGCUACCAGAUACAACUUGGAGAAAUUAAAGAAACUCAUUCGAAACGGUGCUUUCCGCUACCCUGGAGCCAAUUUUAUCAUCAAGCCGAAGACGAACACGAAGAUUACUUUACAGGGUCUUUCACGUGCAGCAGAUAGCCAGAAUAAGCUUGACAAGCAGGCCAACUUUCUACAAAUUGGAGACAUUGUUGAGAGACAUAUCGAAGAUGGUGAUGUGGUUCUCUUCAACCGACAACCUUCCUUGCACAAACUUAGUAUUCUGAGUCAUCGAGCAAAGGUCCGACCCUGGAGAACUUUCCGCUUGAACGAGUGCGUGUGCAAUCCGUACAAUGCCGAUUUCGAUGGUGACGAAAUGAACCUCCAUGUUCCCCAAACCGAAGAGGCACGUACCGAGGCAAUUGAGUUGAUGGGUGUGAAGAACAACUUGGCCACACCCAAGAACGGAACACCCCUCAUUGCUGCUAUUCAAGAUUUCAUAACGGCUGCCUAUCAACUAAGCAGCAAGAACAACUUCUUUGACCGCAGGACAUUCUGCCAGAUCGUCAACUACAUGUUUAAUGGAGAUGGAGCUUACGAUCCGGACACUGGCAAAACCCUCCCUGUUGAGAUUCCACCCCCUACCAUCUGGAAACCUCAAGCACUUUGGACGGGCAAGCAAGUAUUCAAUCUGUUGAUGCGACCAAAUAAGCAAUCAAAGGUUUUGGUCAACCUCGAGGCGGCGGCAAAACAGUUCAAGCCCACUCCAGGCCAGGCCCACGAUCUCAGUAUGGACGAUGCCUAUCUCGUCAUCCGAAAUUCGGAAGUGAUGUGCGGUGUCAUGGACAAGGCUACCGUGGGCGAUGGUAAAAAAGACUCGGUCUUCUACGUUCUGAUGAGAGAUUUUGGGCCCGACUACGCAGUCCAGGGCAUGAAUCGACUAGCGAAGCUCUCUGCUCGAUGGUUGACCAAUAACGGCUUUUCCAUUGGUAUCUCCGAUGUCACUCCUGGACAGAUGCUUGAACGUAAGAAGGAGGCACUAAUCCAGGAGGCGUACGCGAAAUGUGACCAGCUCAUUGAAGACUUCGAGAACGGCAGACUGCAACGCGAUCCCGGUUGCGACGAAGAGAAGACAAUGGAGAAUCGAAUCGGUGGUAUUCUCUCGGGUGUGCGACAAGCCGCUGGAGAUAUUUGUUUCGAUGAGCUCAGUAGAUGGAAUGCUCCAUUGCUCAUGGCUAAGUGCGGUUCUAAAGGUUCCAACAUCAACGUGUCCCAGAUGGUUGCCUCCGUGGGGCAACAAAUGAUUGGCGGAGCUCGAGUUGCAGAUGGAUUCCAUCAUAGAACACUUCCGCACUUCCCCAAAUCUUCUCGUCAGCCCGCGUCCAAGGGGUUUGUGAAGAAUAGUUUCUUUUCUGGACUCUUGCCUUACGAAUUCAUCUUCCACGCCAUGAGUGGUCGUGAAGGUUUGGUUGAUACUGCUGUCAAGACCGCCGAGACUGGCUACAUGAGUAGACGAUUGAUGAAGUCCCUCGAAGAUCUGUCUGCACAGUACGAUGACACGGUUCGGAACUCGUCUGGUACCAUUGUACAAUUCCUAUAUGGAGAUGACAACUUGGAUCCUGUGGACAUGGAGGGCAAGGCAAAGCCUGUCAAUUUUGACCGUACGUUCUCCCAUGCCGUCACGUCGACUUGGAACAAUGAAGAACCCAGCUUGGCGCCUGAGGAGAUCAAAUCUCAUACACUUGCAAAACUGAAUGCCGAGCGUAACAAGUAUCAUCGUUACAAACUUGAUGGUGUUACCAGGCUUCCCUACAACGACAAGAGCGACGACAGCAUCGACCAGAAAGAGUCCAUCCGUGAUUUCCUAGAUACGGUCCAAGACUACAUCAACAAAAAGGCCAAUACGCUACAGACAACUCUUGACCACCUUGGUAUCAUGCAACCCAAGCGUGGUGGCCCCGAAGAUGCCGAUAAAUUCACCCUUGCAGAUGGCAUUGCCAAGAUUUCACAGUCUGCCUUGGACACAUUCAUCACGCUUUGCCUGACGAAGUAUGAUCGUUCUAGGGUGCAACCUGGCCACGCCGUUGGCGCUAUUGGUGCCCAGUCCAUUGGUGAACCUGGUACACAGAUGACGCUGAAGACUUUCCAUUUUGCUGGUGUUGCUGGUAUGUCUAUCACUCAAGGUGUCCCGCGUAUCAAGGAAAUCAUCAACGCGUCUUCCAACAUUUCGACUCCUGUCAUUGCUUGCGAGCUGUCAAACAAGAUCGAUGAUAAAGCUGCUCGGGUUGUGAAGGCCCGUGUGGAGAAGACUUUCCUUCGCGAUAUCGUAAAGUACGUCGAAGACGUGUGGCAUCCAAGUGGUGCUUACGUUGCGCUUCAAGUAGACUGGGAUGUCGUCAACAGCCUCUUUGUCGAGGUGAGCAUGCAAGAGAUUGCAAAUGCGAUCCAGACGUACAAGCCUCUCAAAUGGGGCAAAGGAGGCACAGGCAUUCGAUUCUCCAACAGCAUCCUUCGUGUAGAGGUUGCGGACCCAAGUGCAUCCACCAAACGAUCAACCGCCAAGACAACCCGCAAUCAGAAGGAAUACUUUGAGCGCGUGCAACAAGUCAAGAACCUGAUUCUGGAGGUCGUCAUCAAGGGCUAUGCCGAUUGUCAACGUGCCAUCAUCAAGAAGAAUACGACGCCUAAUGACCAAGGCCAUUACGAGUGCCAAUUGCUUGUGGAAGGUUACGGCCUCAAGGACUGUUUGACCACGCCCGGUAUCGAGCCGUACAAGACAAGGUCCAACCACGUCAUGGAAGUCAAGAAAGUGCUCGGUAUCGAAGCCGCACGCUCCACCAUCAUCGCCGAAAUCGGAUCCGUCAUGGGUUCUAUGGACAUCGAUCCGCGUCACAUGCAGCUUCUCGCCGACGUCAUGACGUUCAAGGGCGAAGUGUUCGGUAUCACGCGUUUCGGUCUGCAGAAGACGAGAGACUCAGUCUUGCAACUCGCUUCUUUCGAGAAGACGCCCGACCAUCUCUUCGAGGCCGCCUCAAAGGGCAAGGUCGACCACAUCGACGGCGUGUCGGAGUGUAUCAUCAUGGGCCAGAGCGUCAAGCUUGGCACGGGAGCAAUGCAAGUCGUUCGCAGACUCAAUCUCGACGACGAGGAUUUGGCUCCGAAGAGAACGAUGUUCGAAGACGGUUGGGAUGCUUUGUGAAUGGUGUAGACCUUUUCUGGAGGUUUUUGUUUUUGUGCAUAUCAUAGGCGUUGCAUUUUCGGAAGUUGAAGGUGGUUCAUGACGGAUGAUGUGGAUGGGGAGAGAUAUACCUUAGCAUUGUUUGGGAGUCCUAAAAUCAUCAUAACAAACACCUCG